CGGGGUGGCUGGCCACGUGUGAGGAUUACUUCUUCCAAUUGGCUCUGCUAGGCCAAUUUGAACGGCAUACGGAAGCCGCCGCGGCUCAUAUACGGCUGCGUUUUUUUUUUUUCUUUUUUUUUUUUUCUUCUCUCUCUCUCUCUUUUUUUUUAAUUCCCUCGCUUUGGUUCCCUCCUUCCGCUCCAGUCUCACGAGAAGCCGCAGCAUAAGGCGCUGCCGUUGCUCCCUCUAGCCCGCUUGCCUUGCGCCAUGGACUGGCAGCCAGAUGAGCAGGGCCUGCAGCAGGUCCUACAGCUGCUUAAAGACUCGCAGUCACCCAAUACAGCCACUCAGCGUAUCGUGCAGGAUAAACUCAAACAACUGAACCAGUUUCCUGACUUCAAUAACUAUCUGAUCUUCGUCCUGACCAGACUCAAGUCGGAAGAUGAGCCGACUCGCUCUCUCAGUGGUCUCAUCCUUAAGAACAACGUGAAGGCCCAUUACCAGAGCUUUCCACCACCUGUGGCUGACUUCAUCAAACAAGAGUGUCUCAACAACAUCGGUGAUGCCUCCUCACUCAUCCGAGCCACCAUAGGCAUUCUCAUCACCACCAUCGCUUCCAAGGGUGAGCUGCAGAUGUGGCCUGAGUUGCUGCCCCAGCUGUGCAACCUGCUCAACUCAGAGGAUUACAACACGUGUGAGGGAGCCUUUGGAGCCCUGCAGAAGAUCUGUGAAGACUCAUCCGAGCUCCUGGAUAGUGAUGCCCUCAACAGACCCCUCAACAUCAUGAUCCCCAAGUUCUUGCAGUUCUUCAAGCACUGCAGCCCCAAGAUCCGGUCCCACGCUAUUGCCUGCGUGAACCAGUUCAUCAUGGACCGGGCUCAGGCGCUGAUGGACAAUAUUGACACCUUCAUUGAGCACCUGUUUGCCCUGGCCGUGGACGAUGACCCUGAGGUGCGGAAGAAUGUGUGCCGUGCGCUGGUGAUGCUGCUGGAAGUGCGAAUCGACAGGCUCAUCCCCCACAUGCAUAGCAUUAUCCAGUACAUGCUACAGAGGACCCAGGACCAUGAUGAGAACGUCGCCCUUGAGGCAUGUGAGUUCUGGCUGACGCUGGCCGAGCAGCCCAUUUGCAAGGACGUCCUGGCCUCUCACCUGGUCCAGUUGAUCCCCAUCCUGGUAAAUGGAAUGAAGUACUCAGAAAUUGACAUCAUCUUGCUCAAGGGGGACGUGGAAGAGGACGAGGCAAUCCCUGACAGUGAACAGGACAUUAAGCCACGCUUUCACAAGUCACGCACAGUGACACUACCCCAUGAGGCUGAGAGGCCUGACAGCUCUGAGGAUGCAGAGGAUGAUGACGAUGACGAUGCUUUGUCCGACUGGAAUCUGAGGAAGUGUUCAGCGGCUGCACUGGAUGUUUUGGCCAACGUCUUCCGGGAAGAACUACUGCCCCAUCUCCUUCCCCUGCUCAAGGGCCUCCUCUUCCACCCUGAGUGGGUGGUCAAGGAGUCAGGCAUUCUGGUGCUGGGUGCCAUUGCUGAGGGUUGCAUGCAGGGCAUGGUGCCCUACCUUCCUGAGCUGAUCCCACACCUCAUCCAGUGCCUGUCAGACAAGAAGGCCCUGGUUCGCUCCAUCGCCUGCUGGACGCUGAGCCGCUAUGCCCAUUGGGUGGUCAGCCAGCCACCAGACAUGCAUCUCAAGCCUCUGAUGACAGAAUUGCUCAAGCGCAUUCUGGAUGGCAACAAGAGGGUGCAGGAGGCAGCCUGCAGUGCCUUCGCCACCCUGGAGGAAGAGGCCUGCACGGAGCUGGUGCCCUACCUCAGCUAUAUCCUGGAUACUCUUGUGUUUGCUUUCGGCAAGUACCAGCACAAGAACCUACUCAUCCUCUAUGAUGCCAUUGGCACCCUGGCUGAUUCUGUGGGCCACCACCUCAACCAGCCGGAAUACAUCCAAAAACUGAUGCCUCCGCUCAUCCAGAAGUGGAACGAACUCAAGGAUGAAGACAAAGACCUCUUCCCUUUGUUAGAGUGUCUGUCAUCCGUGGCCACUGCCCUGCAGAGCGGCUUCCUGCCCUACUGUGAGCCUGUCUAUCAGCGCUGCGUCACUCUAGUACAGAAGACACUGGCCCAGGCCAUGAUGUACACCCAGCACCCUGAGCAGUACGAGGCCCCCGAUAAGGACUUCAUGAUUGUGGCGUUAGACCUGCUCAGCGGCCUGGCUGAGGGCCUGGGUGGCCACGUGGAGCAGCUGGUGGCCCGAAGCAACAUCAUGACCCUGCUCUUCCAGUGCAUGCAGGACUCGAUGCCUGAGGUCCGACAGAGCUCCUUUGCCCUCCUGGGAGACCUCACCAAAGCCUGCUUUAUCCACGUCAAGCCCUGCAUUGCUGAGUUCAUGCCCAUCCUGGGCACCAACUUGAACCCCGAGUUCAUCUCUGUCUGCAACAAUGCCACCUGGGCCAUUGGUGAGAUCUGCAUGCAGAUGGGGGCAGAGAUGCAGCCCUAUGUGCAGAUGGUCCUCAACAACCUGGUGGAGAUCAUUAACCGGCCCAACACACCUAAGACGCUGCUGGAAAACACAGGUCGCUUGACGAGUCCCUCUGCCAUUCCAGCCAUCACCAUCGGCCGCCUGGGCUACGUGUGCCCACAGGAGGUGGCACCCAUGCUGCAGCAGUUCAUCCGGCCUUGGUGCACGUCCCUCAGGAACAUCAGGGACAAUGAGGAGAAGGACUCAGCCUUCAGAGGCAUCUGCAUGAUGAUAGGCGUCAACCCUGGGGGCGUCGUGCAGGACUUUAUUUUCUUCUGCGAUGCUGUAGCUUCCUGGGUGAGCCCGAAGGAUGACCUUCGGGACAUGUUUUAUAAGAUUCUCCACGGCUUCAAAGAUCAAGUUGGGGAGGAGAACUGGCAGCAAUUCUCGGAGCAGUUCCCACCGUUGCUCAAAGAGAGGUUGGCUGCCUUCUAUGGGGUCUAGAGGAGCACUGCAACUGCCAGGUUUCUGUCUGCGUCGUCAGCAGAGGGGUUGCUGGGGAGCACACUGCGUCCAGAAGUUGCCGUGCCCUGGUCAAGGGGGGUUAGGGAGGAGUGAGUGGGACCCAAAUCCAGAUGCCUUCCCAGUCCAUCUACCUGCCAUGCCUGGCCUGUGUGGCCAGCCAGUGGUGGGCAGGUGGGUGGGCCUCCACACAUCCUACAAACGGGAGGGGGGUGGGACUUCGUGGCAGUAAGGGCCCCUUUCUCUAAGUGGGGUCACCUCAGGCAGCCGACUUGGGCUAGCCAUGUGGGAGGGAAGAAUCAACAAAGCCGACUGAAUCCGGCUUAGGAUGAGCAGGGGGAAAGCAGGCGGGGAGGGGGGUCCCUGUAGAGAUGCGUACACUCAUGUACACAUGUGGCCACACGCAUGUGUGGGCGCUGCUGCCAGCCAGGCUGGGCCAGUCGCCCCUCCAUUUCCCUGACUGCAUGGAGACAGUAGAAUUAGUGAACCCCUGAGUUAACUCGUAAGGCCUUCCGUGUAACCUGCAUCUAGAGUUUAAGAAGCUUCUGCUGUUUUACUGGAAUUGGCGACGACUGGGGAGGGCUGGGUGGGUUGGGGUCCUCUUCUGGGAGCCCAGGGCGGGGUAAGACGAAGGCCACCUUGGGGCUGUCCUGUCAGCACGCACACACUUUGGACCUGCUCUGCACACUUCCUGCCAACUCUGGCAGUCUCAGCCAGUGUGUCCCCUCCUUGUCCCUUCCCAGCCAGAAGAAUGGAGACCACAGUAAUGGCUGGGGCUGGCCAGAGGUCUCUCUUUCUCUCUCCCUUGUGCUCCAGUGACUUUUGAAGACACUGGCCUGGCCCCCCCUGCCCCCCCCCCCAAGAGAGAGAGCUUGGGGUGGCCAGAGCUGCUGACACAUACCCCCUGCCUAUCCAUAAGCACGUCCAUUUUAAGGGCAGUCUGCUUCUCUGUGCUUCUGAGAACCUGACUUAGGUUCCAGGCCCAAGUUUCUAGAAUGAGGGCUGGGGCAUUUAAUAGACGUUGAUGCAGCGAAGGCUUAUGCUUUGCCAGCAAGGAGAGCAAGAGCUUGGUGAGGGGGUGGUGUCCUCCCAACCUUGAGGCCAUGAGGCUUCCUGCUCAUCACUGCUUCCAGUGGCCUUGAGACCCCAUCAGAUUGGGGCAGCAAUUUUAGGGACCCUACUGGGAUUGAUUGGUUGGGGAUGCUACCACAGUGGGAGAGGCUCCACUAGAACCAGAGGGAGUGUGGUUUCAAGUUGGCCUUGAAGUGAAGCUGGACCCUGCAGCUCCCUUAAGGUUUUCUUUUUUCUCUUCCCCUGUUUUUUACUUCCUUUGGGGGCCCCUUCUGUGGUUUGGGGGGGUUUGGCUGGACUCCUGCAUUCUGGGGCCUGCUCCGUUCAUCCUGCUGGGUUCCUGGACCCCACCCCUAUCACAGCCCUGGGUCUUCUCAGACUGGGUCGGGCCCUGCCUCUAUUUCAAGGGGCACUUGGUGCACAUUCCAUAAAUUCAGCUAAUUCCCCCUCCCCACCUUAGAAACUCCAGCAGGUCUCUGGAAGCCAUUUGAAAAAAAAAUUAAAUACCAUUUAAUUUUCUGAUAAUUCCAGUUCUUUGGAGCAUCCUCUGCAGGGCCUUAAGGAGUAUGGAUGGAUUGGCCGUCUGAGGGGUUUGGAAACUCCUCCACCCGCUUUGGGGGUGGGGCUCCAAACACCUCCAGGGAAGUGGGAGCCUUAUUCAUCGUCUUUUCUUUCUUUUUUUAAAAAAGAAAACUAUUUAAUUUUUUAAUUUAUUUUUGGUUGAUUUUUGCACAACGAAGUUGUAGCUUCUCAACCUUCUUUCCUGCCCAGGGCUGCGGACCCUGACUGGCUUCGAUCCGCAGAUCUGCUUGUUCCCAUGUCCCUCCUUUCCCUUCAUUUUCUUCCUCCUGCGGGUUCCAGGGUCUGUUCAUUUGUUACCAUGCUGUGCUGGGGAUUGGCGCCGAGGUGGCGUGAGAUUCCACUUGUGUAGAACUUUGUUGAGUAAAGAUCAGUUUCUUGUGAA